UCAAAUGGCGUAAUUUACAAAAUGGUGCUCUGGUCACGCCGCAGUUUUCUUACGUUACCAGCGCCAAUACUGUAGAUGCUACUUCCAGACUGUUUGGUUUCAGUAGCUUUUUAUAGAUUAUAACUAAUAUUUGUCAGUAUUUUUCUUUCUGGAUGGCGGACUUGGCGAUAUCAGCCAAGACACACGGAGUCGGAGUCUUUCUCGAGCUGAGAAAAAGGCUUCAAAGUGGAUCUCUUAUACUCGGGAAAGAUGUUGCUGCUAACCCUGCUGACGUGUUUGUGACCGGUGGGGUUUCCUCUCUUCACAUUCAGACCCCAGCAGGCGAGGUGACCUUAAUUUUGCCACCUGGAUUCUCCUAUGUGGAGGAAUCUUGCACUGUCACACCGGGGGGCAGAGAGGAGCUACAUUUCAGAUUGCAAAUAAGCGUUUCACAUGACAAAAUAGAAGACACCUCCUACAGCAUCGUGGAGACACUGCGGGCACAGGAGACUUAUUGCUUCUAUUGUCAGACCUGCACGACCAGGCUACUUGAGGACAGGUCUUUCAAGCGGGUUCUUCCUCUCCCAAACGGCAACUGGAAUGCCAUCGUGGAUGACUGGUGUUGCCAUCCAGAUCCUUUCGCCAACAAGAAGAUGCUGCCUCGAGCAGAGGAUUGUUUACUGGGUGACACUUUCUUUCUCCUCGCUAGAGAUGGCAGCUGUGAACAGACUCUCCUCCAGGAAGAGAGCCCCGCUGACUCACAGGAUAGUCAAGAUCCAAAGAAAGCGUGCCACAGAAAAACACUUGUGUACUGCACAAGCUGUUCUUCAGUGCUUGGAGAGGCAUUGACACCAGAGACCUUGAAACUGUACAUUACACAGGUGGUGGUGGAGCCCCAUGUUGGUGAUCGGAAGCCGGAGUCUUUAGUUAACAGAUCUUUCUUCUUGGAGAAGACUGUAGCAGCCAGGCUGGCAGAGCUUUCCAACUCUUUGAGCUCCUUUCACUUCUCUGUCCAAACACCAAAUGGGAAGCCUUUCUUACUGCUCUGGCUGCUGAACAGCGACUCCAUCAUCGUGUCAGUCCCAGAGUGGUCUGCUAAUCCCUCCACUUGCCACAAUUCAUCACCAAGAGCUGCAAGAGCCCUCAAACUCCUCUAUGUACGCUGUUCUCGUGUGGAUGUUGAGCAGCAAGAAAUCAUCACCAGCUGGGAGGUCAAUGCCACAGGACACCCUGUGGUGCUCCCGCUGAAGGUGUGCGAAGAACUACUACAAGUGAUAGAUGACAGCAACGCUACACUUCCUGCAUCAAUGCGUCGCAUGAGGGCCUAUGAGCUAACAGGAAUAAAGGUCACCCAGGAAAGUUGGUCCCUCAAGCACAUGUGGCAAACGCUGCAUGGCUGCACCCGCUCAGAGAGGCUGUGGCACUGUCACCUCAGAUCAGUCUUCAUUACGUCGAACAUGGCUCAACGGGAGACAGGCCUCCAAAGCAUCUCAUGUACAGCGUCAUAAAUUCACAUUAGAGAAAACGAGGCGUUUCACAUAGAGGUGGGAAGUUGAGGGGGUGAUAAUAAGUUGCAGGGGUGGGCAAUGUUGUACAAAACCCAGACCCAGAGAGUGUAAUUCCCUCAAAUGCAUUCGUGGCAUAUCGGUGCGUUUCAGAGAGCUGUUUCAUUGGUAGAACUCUUUUGCAUCGUAACUCCAGUCUUCUGUUUGUGUCUUAUGACAGCCUUUUAAAUCCUAUUUUUACAAAAGGAAAGGUCACUAGCCAGGGCAACUUGCCAGAUGUAUAGUGAAUGUAAUUAUGGCUUUCUGGCAAUCUGAUAACCUGACAGUCUAUCGCUCAACACAAGGAAAGUGCACUGCCAUAUUAAAUAAAAGUGACUGAACAAAUAUGGCUGUCAGAAGGGCAUCAUGUCUGGGUGUGCAGUUUUGUGGGUUAAGAAGGUUUUAUGGGUCAUUAUGGUUUUGAAUGUCAGGUGAGCCACGGGCUUAUUCUGCACCAUAAAGUUAGACCCGUCUCCUUCCAAGCAGUUGAAUGUGUUGAUAAAUGUUCUAUUUUUAAUUGUGGAAGGGUUGAAUCGUCACAUUAUGUUGUCUCUUCCUUUUAUAUGGUCAAACCUGUGGUGGGAAAACUUCUCUCUACCUUGCUUUCAGAACUGUGUUGUAAGAAAUAAUUAAUUGGGGAUUGUGAUUUGGGCUCCAAAUAACCUUUUAAUUACUUUCUUAGUCGAUUAUUCAUUUCCAAGAGAAACACAGACAGUCAGAGGUUUAGUCCGCAACAUAUCAGAAAAUAGGCAAAAAUGUCGAUCGCUGUCAGAGCUGAGUACAAAAAUAGGUCUGCUUUCAUGGAUGACGGAAAUUAAAAAUGCUGUAUUCACAUUUGAGAGGCUGAAAUCCGAGGAUAUUUACAUUUUUAAAAUCACAUAACGAUUAAUCAAAUACCAACAUAGUUGUCAAUGAAUUGGAUAAUCGAUUAAUUGUCGAUUAAUCGAUUCAUUGUUGCAGCUCUAAUUGUGAUCGUGUGGUUCACUUGUAUUAGUGGCACUGGGGUAGUGCCCGGAUGUCUUUUUUUCUUUAUUUCCAAUCUGUACUUUAUAAUUAAUACAACACAAUUUUUUAAAAUUUUGUAUGAAUAAAUGUGUCUGAUAAGAAUAAUGUAGUGUGACACAAGCCUAAAGGGCACAAAGUGACCACAUAAAAUAAUCGUAAAAUGUUUUUCACUAAUUUUGAAUUAUUAUGAAUGGCAAGCCGUGUUGGGCAAAUUACUUAAAUUAGUACAAGUAAUUGAAUUAGUCACGGAAUUACUCCUUCAUAAAUGCACUUAGUUGCCAGGGCAAGUAAUUGUUGCACUACUUUUUUGAAAAACCUUCAAAUAUGGAAAAUAAUUUGGCUUUUGCAUUGUAAUUGCUGUGCCGUUGAGAGGUGUUUCAAGAGGCUGAGGUCUGAGCUUGUGAGUUGCAAUUCUCUACCUUAAUGCUAAGAGGCAGUGUUUUCUUGAGCGUGAGCAACCACAAUUCCCGUUGACUAGCUGUUUAGCUUCCCGUGUGGUCGCAGUGAAGCGACAGCCAGAUGGUUGAUAUGGAUAUGAGUGCGUAAUAACGCACUUCAUUUUACUGUCAGCAAAGGUAAAAGCGUUGUAACAUUUGAAAGUCAUUAAUUAGAUUACUCGUUACUGGAAAACACUAGUGGCGUUAGUAAUGUUAUUGUUUUAUUUUUAACACCAUUACUUCCAGCUCUGAUGGCAGUAAAUUUGUUUUGUCUCUGUCUUUUAUAGCAUGUUAUGAAUUGAAACAGAAAAGCACAUCAGACAAUAAGAGAGGAAUGAUGUUUUCCUAUUGUAAGGUUUGAUGGUAUGUUUUGGAAAUGCAUAUUUUGGAUUCUUAAUGACGGCGGCCUAGUGGUUAGCAUGUUGGCCACACAGUCAGGAGAUUGGGAAGAUCUGGAUUCGAAUCUCCGUUGGGCAUGUCUGUGUAGAGUUUGCAUGUUCUCCCCGUGCGUGCGUGGGUUUUCUUUGGGUACUCCAUACACAUUCCAAAAACAUGCAUGUUAGGUUAAUUGUCCAUACAGUAGGUAUGAAUGUGAGUGUGAAUGGUUGUUUGUCUACAUGUAUGUGAGUGUGAAUGGUUGGCCUCUCGCCUCUGGGAUAGGCUCCCGCGACCCUGGUGAGGAUAAGCGGCAUAGAAGAUGGAUGAUUGUUGUGUAAUUGGUUUCACUCCUUAGGUACCAUACCACUCUAGCUUGUACCCUACCAAAAGGUAUCCAUAGUAUUAUGCUAUGGAUUUGUUAAGUUUUAACAAAGGAAACAUGCACACAGAACUAAACUGAAACCAUUGCUCGCUGAAAGGACUCUGAACACACAGACUCUAAAUUUAAACAUACAGUAUAUUGUAGCUAUUUUACAGAUUUUUGCCUUUCUAGCUUUAAUCAAAUUGGCAAAGACAGUGUUGACUAUAUUGAUCCCAAGGCUGUAGUUCUCUGCAACAAAUCCUAUAUUUAGUAGCAAGAACAAGCAUCACUUCAGGUCGGGAAAGAGCGCAAGGCAGCCACCCUGACAGCUGACAGAGUCCAGGGAGCUGCCUUUCAGAGCUGCCCAGGAUAAACACUGACAUCCCAAGUCAAUGACUGGCUAUUUAGAUGUUGAAGGUGCUUGGAGACUGCUGUUAACAAGCACAAAAGGGCCACUUAGUGGACCGGUGUAAGCGUCGACUGGGAUUGUAGAUCAGACCGCGCUCAUCUGUUUUAUACUUCCACCUCCUAAAACCAUUCACUUUUUUUUUUCCACUGUAAUUACAACAUGCUGCCAAGCGUUGCUCAAGGCGUGGCUGGGGGGGGGAAAAAUCACUGCUUAAUAUGGAUGUGCAGAAUGUGUGUGGA